UACCAUAAGUCCUUUUCCUCCACUCAACCUGACAACUCCCUUCUAUAGGAAUGCAAGCCUCCCGAGUCUCUCAUCAGUCCCCCUUCGGCCUGCCCCUAAUCCCAAUUCUCCCAAAAUCUUCUUCACUGUGAGAGAGAAGAAUCCGUCUCACCCCGCCGGAAUCAGAGCCCUCACUCAUCGGAGAAGAGGAUUAAUCCCUUCAUCAUGGCCAAGAAGCGGAAAUCUAUCGCUACCAGCCUCGACGAGGUAGAUCGGACCAUGUACGCCUCUUUUUGCAGUGCGGCCAACUCUCUCUCCCAGCUUUACACCCAGGCUAUGAACCACCAGAAGCUUUCUUUCCAGGCCGGAGAACGUCACGCCAUGGAAAAGCUUUAUCAGUGGAUGUUUAGACAACAAGAAGGUGGAUCUAGAGUGACAACCGCUGAUGUACUGAAUUACAUACGGAACGAGUUGGAUUACUGUGGAGAGGAACCGUCAAUGUCCCCUAGACCAGCAGUUCACCAACAUCAACAUGCUCAACCAACGAUGCAGUUCACAAACUCAAGCUUUCCAGCCUCGGGUCUUUCUGGUCAAGCAACUGCUGGACAAGGAAGUCGAACCGAGCACUCUGAUAAUCAUUCCAAAAGUUCAGUCUUCUCAAAUGCUCUGUCUAGCCCUGUUCGCCGGAGUUUGCAACAGUAUCACAUUGCUCAGGAAGCUCACUACCCAAACAGUGGGAUGUCGGGAGGAAAUGGAGUCACUCGAAACAAUGAACCCAACUUUCUUCAGCAUCAAAACGCUGACCCUAAUUCAGUCAGCUCUAAUGAUUCGUCGAUGGACAUGCAUGCCGACAGUCCUGCACAUGAUUCACAUUACUGAUUUCAGGGAAUCGUCAAUCGUUUCUAAGUUUUAUUAGCCUGUGAAAACAUGCUCAAGUUCCUGGCUACCAAUGGCGUUUACUUUCUUUGUUGGAAAUUUCGUUAGGUCUUCUAUCUGUAAAGGGUUUCUUUUAUAACAGAACCUGGAAGGGAAAAAAAAGGAAGAAAAAAAGAAAAAAAAAGAAAGAAAACUUUAAGUUGCCAAUACCGUUGUUUUUGUCAUUUAUUAUGCUGCUUCAAACAGUGCUUUGUUUCCCCACUUUUUUUAGAACUGAAUAUUAUCUCUGUAGAUUGGCAAAGUGUGUGGAUCUGCUGAAUGAGAAAAUAUAGAAUAUGGUUCAGGUUUCA